UCUCUCUCUUACGCGCGCUCCUCCUCGCCAAAACCCACACUCGCUCGUCUCGUGCACUACGAUUCAUUCACGCGCUGGAUAGAUAACUUAACAAACAUGGCUCUGGCGGACACCUCGUUUUUACUCCUUGUGUUUCAACUGUGCGCCUUUUCUUGGCAAGCUUGGGCGCUGGUGGAUCUGAGGAUGGAGGACACCGUAGAGGUUUACACGUAUGAGUCUGCAGAGAUUCCCUGUCUGUACUCCUUCACCGAGAAUCCCAGUAUGGUGAUGGUGCAGUGGUUUGUGCGGGGGCCUGGAGGUAAUCGGGUCAGAAUCUCCUACAGCGAUCUGACCAUGCAGAAGGUAGACGUGAACACAAGCUACAGCGAUCGCAUCAGCGUCCGGUCCAACAACAAUGGAGAAUUUCUGACCAUUCAGGACAUUAAGCUGUCUGAUGAGAGAGAGUUCUUCUGCCAGGUCAGUGGACUGGCAGCGGGCAAUGGAGAGGGCAAGACUCUCUUAAAGGUUUUCGAUGCUCCUGAGAAUCCUGUAAUUGAAGGUGUCCUCUCUGGAGUUUAUGUGUCUAGUGACUCUCCAUCAAAAAUCGCAUCUUGUGAGACCAGAGACGGUUUUCCAAAGCCAAACAUCACAUGGUAUCGCGAUCAUACCCCUCUUUACCCUGCUAUUGGCUUGGUGAACGUGGUAACUUUAGUAACAAGAGAAUACAGUGGUCUGUAUACGGUGCAGAGUGAUCUUCACUAUAAGGUGACUAAAGAAGACAAGGACGCACACUUUUCAUGUGAGGUCAGCUACUUUGUCCCAGGAGCCGUCGAGACGUCUAAAUCCACAGGCAUCAAUAUUACAGUUUUCUACCCCACGACAAGCGUCGAGCUGCGGAGGGAAUCGCCCGAGGGUUUGGUCAAAGAAGGGGACACAGUAGAGAUCCGUUGCCAGGGUGAUGGAAACCCCCCAGCAACCAUCACUUUCAACCGGGAACAAUCAGAUGUGGAGCUGGUUUCCGAUCAGGGCGUCCUAAUUCUGAAGGAGGUGUCUCGGUCAGACAGCGGCAUGUAUGAGUGUCAUGCUCUGAAUAUGGAUGCACCAGAUCACGAGGAGGUGGGAGAGAGCAUCAAGCUCACUGUACACUAUUUGGACCCUGCUGCGGUGGUGCCCAAAGAUUCAGAGAUCAUGCUGAGAGGAGAAAGUUUGACAGCCACCUGCAAUGCCCUGUCAUCAUUAGAGACCUCUACGGUGUGGUUUAAGGAUGGGGUUGAGGUGGAAAGAGGACAUGUACUGGAGCUCCACGACGCCACAUUCGACACAGCAGGACAGUAUGACUGUGAGGUGACUGUACCAUUACUCCCGGGCCUACAGACCAGCGGCUUGGUCCAUAUUAUUGUACAGGGUGGACCUCAGAUGAAGGACGCAGAGAGAGACAUUGAGCUGACAGAGAAGGUGGGAGGGUGGGUAAAUUUAACCUGUGAGGUGAGAGGUCACCCCAAACCCGCCAUCACAUGGAGCAUCUCUGGCAGUCAGAGUUGGCUUGAGGUUGUUAAAAGAGAGACUGAGGAUCUGGUGUACAGCGUUGUGAUGCUUAAAGUUAGCACGGACACACUUGCCAUCUGCAAUUCAACAAAUGAUUUUGGCUUUGAGACCAAAACUUACAACAUAAGGAGCAUUCCUUUCUCUCAGACUCCAACAGCGAGAAAAACUUCAGUGGAUAAUAGUGGAGUGAUUAUUGUGGUGAUUAUUGUAAGCAUCUUGUUGCUGGCCAUCCUGGGCAGUGUCUUCUACUUCCUUUAUAAAAAGGGCAAGUUACCGUGUGGACGUUCAGGCAAGCAAGAAAUCACCAAGGAGAAGACUAAUAAGGAUGACAUUGUCGUCGAGAUGAAAGCCAACAAGACAGAAGAGUCUGUGCUAUUAAAAGGCAUCAACGGUGACAAGAAACCACCCAAUGAUCAGAGCACCGCACUGAGCUCAUAAAAUGGAGGCGUACCAGCGACUAAAGAUUUUGUGGAGGACUUAUUGUGGAUGGGUUAUCUUCUCUGGAUGAAGUGGACUGCGGUUUUGCUUCCUGUUUGAGCAUCCAUGUUAACGGGGAUAAACGUGGAAGUUCUUAUUUUGUUGUACUGAUCUCCAACACGUUUUUCUUUAAUUGUCGACCAAUUCAAGAGCGUCACUGUGUCCUUUUACAUUUCAAAAUGUGUAUAUAUUAUAAAUAUAUUUAGCUAUCCGUCCUAUUUGUGACCUAAUUCUUUGUCCUUUUUAAACCUCUGUCAAGCAAUUUGUUUCGUUUCUCGGUAUUUACAUAAUAAUAAACUACCUAAAAGUCUUCAUAGAGGUCUACAGGCAAACAUUUACGAUAAAACAAACCCUGUACGACUGGACGAUCAACCCAGUUAAUAAACACACAAGGGAUUUAAUUCAUGAUGCUUAGUAGUGUGUGGGUUACUGUCCAAUUUCACUGAACUACUGCAUUGCUCAUGUACUGUUUGUAAAUAGUUUUAGGGAAGAAUCUUGUAGCUCCCGGUGUUUUCGACUGCUGAGGGGAAUCGCGGCCGCCCAUGUUUUUGCCUCAACUGCAGUGCCUGCCGAGAUGCGUCUGCAGUUUACUUCAAUGUUAGUUACACUGAACGCUUUGUGUCGUGUCUUGUUUGUUUCGCGCAUGUCUCUGUAUUUGGUGAAGGGAGAGUUUUUUUUGUUUGGAAAGUGCAUUUUCAGGUCUUAAUUAUUGUUUUUGGUUUUAAUGUACAUAGUUUUAUACCUUACAUGUUGUUUAAUAUUGGCUUUCUGCUUUACAUUUGAGCAACAAGAAUGUGACCCACGUGCCAUCUAUGUGAAUAGGCCAUUCAUGGACAAAUCAUUUUGGAUUGUGGCUUGGCUCGUCCACUAUUUUUGCCUCGCAUCUUAUAAAUAAAUUCAGUUUGAUGAGUAUUUAUAACCUUUGCGUUCAUGGAUGUAACUAAACACACCCCUUUGUUUUGCAAAAGGUUAUUAAUCUUGAUGUUGUUUAAAGAUUCGCCAUUUGAGACUGUUGUCUGAACACUGAAGCAUUAUUACACUGAAGCUUUACUCGCCUGUUCAUGUGAGGAAAUCAUAUUGGCAUAACACAAGCUGUUGUUGUUGUUAUCAUUAUAGUGUUCACAAACUGUUAUAUGAUGAUGUUUUAUGUUUCGAAUUCACGUAUGAUUGUAAAUAAGGUACUUGUGGUUUGCGUUUAUUGCUUUCAUUUUGUAUAUUUUCUAUUGGCCAAAAAUCCAAAUAAACGUAUGUUACAUUCA